ACAAAAUGUAUAAUUAAUUGCAAGCCAUGGAGAGUAGCAAAAUUAGAGCAGCCUCAAUUGCCUUUCUACUUGCUCUCCUCUGGAGCGGAGCAACGGCGGGAAGCAUAAGCGUAUACUGGGGCCAAAAUAGCAACGAAGCAACUCUUGCCGAAACCUGCUCAAGCGGCAAUUUUGCAUUUGUGAUGCUCUCCUUUCUCAUCACAUUUGGCAACGGGCAGACACCGGUGCUCAACUUGGCAGGCCACUGCGAUCCCCCCUCCGGAACAUGCAAAUCGCUCAGCGCCGACAUUAACUCCUGCCAGUCCAGCGGCGUAAAGGUGUUUCUCUCCCUCGGAGGAGACCCCAGCUACGCAAGCUACUCAAUCGCUUCCACAGAUGAUGCGCAGAACGUUGCCACCUAUCUGUGGAAUAACUAUCUCGGAGGGCAGUCGGACAAUAGACCUCUCGGAGACGCCGUUCUGGAUGGCAUAGACUUCGACAUCGAAGCCACGACGGAGCACUGGGACGAUCUGGCCAGGGCCGUGUCCGCUCUAACCACCUCCUCCUCCAAGAAGGUCUAUCUCAGCGCCGCUCCGCAGUGCCCCUAUCCUGAUUCUCACCUCGGAACGGCCUUGCAGACGGGUCUGUUUGACUACGUGUGGAUUCAGUUCUAUAACAACCCCACCUGCCAGUAUGCCGAUGGGGACGCUUCUAAUCUGGUGAAUUUCUGGAACCAGUGGACCACGUCUGUUGCCACCGCUCAAACACAAGGCAUCUUUCUCGGCCUUCCCGCCUCCUCUGAAGCUGCUGGCGGUGGCUUCAUUCCUACAGAUACACUCAUCUCCAACGUGCUGCCUCAGAUCAAGACCUCCUCCAAUUAUGCAGGAGUUAUGCUGUGGUCCAAGUACUACGACGAGAAAACCCAGUAUAGCUCGGCCAUUAAGGCUUCUCUGUGAUACAAUCCAUUUCAAUUCCCACGCCUAGCCUACUAAAUAGUAAAUGAGGCCAUACCUGUCUGUAGUGCCUACUUUGGCCAUCACUGUAGUAACGUUUGAGUAACGUUUGAGCUUAAGUAAUGCUUAUUCUGUUUGUCUUCAAAUC